AUGCAGCAGCAAUUGAUCGAUGGGUUCAUCAUCGACCACCUCGAAUCGACGUCGUCGCGCCCGGCCAAGGGCGGCGCACCCACAUCCCUCCACCACGUCACGUACGACGCUUGCGGUCGCAAAGUGAUCACGUUGGCCGCAGAGUCGGGAGGAAAGAAACCAUCCACCCGCGUCGUGCACAGCCCACGCCGAGGCAAACACCCGAUCGUCUUACCGAGUCAUGCAAAGCGCCUCAUGCAGUCGGCAUGUGCCGACCUUCGACUCGUCGACAUCGACGAAGAUAGGUCGCCGAGGCGGCUCAUCCACACUGCGCCGUCGCCGCGAUCCAGUCGAUCGGACGCGGCCUCGAGGUCGCCGCGACCCAUGUCAGUGCAUGGAAGCAGCCGCCGCGAUCAGCAAGUCGACCAACCGCCUCCCGUGUUUCCAGCGAUCCCCACAAGUCCACAGAGCAGCCCCCGGCAUCGACGGGUGCUCCGGAGCGAAGCCGUCUUGGACGAGACAUUGCAAAGCCCAUUGAAACCUCCCCUCGACGCGUGGGGGAUUCCUCGCCAACACAUUCUUGAGUUCAUUCGGCUCUCCGUGCUACCGUGUACAUGGGCCACGAACAUCAAGUCGAUGGGGGAAUGGCGGGCUGCCGACGACAACGGCGCAGACGACUCGCGGCCACACGCAUCGCACCCCCGUCACAACGCGACGAACGGGGGGCAGUCGCCUGGAAAAGACCUCAAGCACUCCCCCAUGGGACAAGUGCACUUGCCCACCCUCGCCGACGCGCGCGACCACCACCAACAGCAGCAGCAGCACGACAGCACGGGUCGAAACGACGGCGGCGCGAGUCGCAAGCCGCCACCGCCAGCGCUGUACAAGAAGGCGGCGCGCCCGACGGCUUCACCUGCUUUGCCCGUGAUCACAUCACGAGACAUGACGGUCGAAACACGCAUCCACAACAUGAUCGUGGAUCUGCAGCACGACCCACGCGCAUGGGACGAGUUCCAACGCCGCAUCAAGGAGUUCCAGGACCAAAAGAAGAAGGGAACGGAGAUCGAUAUUGUGCACGAGAACAAGGCGAACGCGUUUGCAGUCACACCGCCCGAGUAUUACCAUGAGCGAUCACGACAGCGACAAGCGCAGCACAUUCAGACAAUGGCCAAGUACAAAGCCCAGCUCGAGAUGGAGCACGAGCGGCGGAUCGAUCAACUGGAUCGCCGCGCGCAGAAACUCAAAGAGCAGCGGCGGCGGCUCGCGUGUCAGAGCCAGGGACGGCUGUGGCUCCAAGUGAUCGUGGCCGUCGUGAUCGCGACGACGUGGCGCCGGCGCAUGGAAGUCGAAAAGUCGCGCAAGUCGAUCGAGUUCAGGCAGAUCACGGCCGUGUGCUUGAUUCAGCGCGUGUGGCGGCGCAAGGUCCAUCUGUCCAACUCGAAAGCGAUGCUCCAGAUCAUUCUCAAGACCCGCCAGAUCUUGUGGAGCCUCACCUUCAAGAUUCUGUGCAAAAAGAAAGCCAAAGCCGGUAGUGUUCUCCGCCGCUUCCUUGUCGACUACUUCAACGGGAGCUCCGAGACGGGCAACUUUCGCGUAAUGAUGGCGCGGUGGCGGUGGCGCGUCAUCCACGCCCAGCGGGCGAGCAAGGCGUUCCUCAACUGCAGCCGGGCGCGGAUGACGGCGCUGUCGCUGCUAUGGGACAACGCAGAUAGAGAGCGCCAGCGGACGGAAAAGCUGCACCUCCAGCAAAGCAAGACGGUCGUUGUGAUGCCUGGCAAUUCGCAAGCUGCGGACGCGACCGAGAACGGGCACCUGUCGAUAACGCGCCGCAUCCUCCGCGUGGGAAUCCAGGAAGAGUCACUGACCGAGAUGGAGCAGCAGCUCAGUUUGAUGCAAACGAUGCUGACCCCUAUCGAGUUCCAGCGCAUGCAGCAUCAUGCGUACCACGUCGUACGCAUUCCAAAGAGCAUCAAAGUGAAGCUCUUGACGCAAUACCUGGCCGCAAAACGGGCAGACAACAUCCGCGCGGUCCAAGAAUACUUUGCGCAUGUUCUAUCCAACACAAGCUCGAGACAAGUGCAAGUGAACGACGCUCGGACGAUCGUGCAAAAUGGCGCGUGGGGAACGCUGAUGGGUGGGCCCACGGGCAUCUUGGACCCCAAAGCUAAGUUGGGGUACCCUGUGUUCACGUUGUACUCGAAGAACACGAGUGAAGAGAUUCGCAAGCUCAUUCAAGAAGGCAUCGCGUUGACGCUGGAGCAAGACCCGGAACAGCGGCGUUUGGUAGAGACUCAGCGACAAGGUGCUUCCGUAGCUGCAGAAGGCGCUCCAUCCAGCAGAAGGCUUUCAGUCUUCGCCAUGCCGGGGGCCGGCAGCCGGCGGAACGGCAAGGACGCUGCGAUGGCCAAACUCUUCGAGCACAAGAAGCUCCAAGUGUGA